ACAGCAGAAAAUAUCCUGAAACAACUGGGCAGAGCGCUGUUCGCUGUUACACGCAGUAAGCUGGUAGUUCGGGCAAGUCUUGGGAGUGGUUUCUAUUUCAACUGCACUUCGUUGCUGCUGCACUGGGCUAUUGCUGUUGGUACCGGCUUCUAUACAUUUUGGCUAAGAAGUGCUCGUUGA